AAAAAGUUAUUGAUAGUGAAUUCCUGUAAGAAAAUAAGAAAAUUUACAAAAUGAAAAAUAUUAACAGUUAAAGAAAUUUAAAAUUUGUAAAAACUUUCGUAAUGUUUCAAUAAAAAGGAAUAUAAUCAAUAUGAAACAAAAUGAAUUACAGAAACUUUGAAUUCCAUGAGAAAAUUAACUUUAAAUUAUUAAUCAGCACUUGUUCUUUGUGAAAAUCAUCUUUUACAUUAUAAUUUAAUUUUCAAUUACAAUAAAAUGAAUAUCAUGAGGAAAAUAAGAGGUGGUCGAAAUUCGCCAUCGAAUAAUUCCAACGAAGCAAAUGAUGGAUCUCAAAACCAACUUGGGCUAAUGCACCUUAAAAAAUUGUUUAAUGAACUUACACAUCCAAAAGAGCCUUUGAGCGAACAGGAUCGUGAUAAUAAACUUUAUAAUAUGUUACCACUUUUUUGUAAAGUAUUUGGGACGUGCCAUUCAGGUGAAAUGAAUGAAAAAUUUUGGGAUAUCCUUGCAUUUUGUCAACAAAUUUCAAGGCUAAUGGUGUCAGAAAUCAGAAGACGAGCAAGUAAUCAGUCAACAGAAGCAGCAUCUAUUGCUAUAGUUAAAUUUCUUGAAAUUGAAAAUUAUGAAGAAUCUUCCAACGGUUGGAUGUUAUUGUCAGCACUAAACCUCCUUGCUGCAGGAGAUGCAUCAAUUAUACAAACCAUGACAUCAGCAUCUGUUCCAUCGACUUUAGUAAAGUGUCUCUAUUUGUUUUUUGAUUUACCCGAUAUAACUGAUGAUGAAGAAAAUCAGCCUAAUGAAGGAUGCGAUUUUACACCAAGAGAAAGAAGAAUUUUACUGCAGAAAAUUUUCAUACAAUUACUAGUUCGGUUGUGUUCUCAUCAAUAUGCAGCCGAAGAACUUGCAAGAGUAGAUGAUCUUUCUCUAUUAUUCUCGGCAAUUACAUCACAAUGUCCAACAUAUAACAUGGUAUGGCGAAAAUCUGCUGCAGAAGUUUUAACAACAAUAUCAAGACAUGGUUUAACUGAGCCUGUUGUCAAAUACAUACAUGAAAAAGGAUGUGUGGCUCUCUCUAUUGAUAAUAUGCAAAGAUCUCCUCAAUUGACUCCAUUGGAGGUAGUAGAAAUGUUUGUUGCAAUUUUUUGCUUCCUCAAAGAUUCAAGUGACGUUUCUCCUAAGUUGUUGGAAGAUUUCAAAGGAUGUCAAGGAUAUGCAUUCAUUUCUGAUUUUCUGCUUAAACUAAUUGAAGAAAAAGACCAAAGCAGUGAAACAGAAGCUGCUAUUCGAAAUCUCGUUUUUAUGAUAGCAUCAUUAUGUAUGUGUGGUUUUCAAGAACUUCAACCAAAUCCGAACUCAACAGGAUCUUUAUUCAAAAUGCAAGGGUUCCAAAUGCCUCAAACAACGUCUCGAGGAACAUCAGUGAGGAAUGUAUAUGCAUUUCAAGUUCUUCAAAAUGUGUUUUUAAAAUCAAGUUCACCGUCAUUGUGUUGCACAAUUUUGGAUGCUAUAUCUAGUGUUUAUCACUCAGACAAUGCAAACUAUUUCAUUCUAGAAUCACAAAAUACACUAAGUCAAUUUACCGAAAAAAUUCAUCAGAAAAGUCCUGAGAUUCAAGAAAAACUAUUUGAUCUUUUGGAGUUUAUCGUGUUUCAACUUAAUUUCGUACCAUGCAAAGAGCUAAUAUCUCUCUCAAUAUUGCUAAAAUCAAAUCAUUCCAUAUCCUGUAGUAUUUUAUGUUUCAAGACUUUGCUCAACAUUCUCAAGCAUAACACAAUAUUUAAGGACGUCUAUAGAGAGGUUGGAAUUUUAGAAGUAUUUGUAACUUGUUUAAAUAGAUAUUGCACAUAUUUAGAGAACCAGUAUGCAAAAGCUGACAUCAAUCACGAAGAAAAAGUAAAAGAGCUUUUAUCAGAUUGUAAUGAAUUGCUAGGAAAAUUGAUCCUUGAAGCAUUAACAAUUCUUAUGUGCAGCAAUAACAACAAUAGUAAUGUUUUUCGAGAAUCAGGUGGUGCCAAGACGAUUCACGAAAUGGUUAAAUUCAAACAUUGCAGAGAUUCUGUCUUGGGAAUCAUUAGAGAACUUAUAUUAUCAAAUAGUGGAGAGGACGACAUGUUAUUUAUAUUAACAACAAUGCAUUCAGCUCCAGCAUAUAACAUAGAAUUGAAAAUUCAAAUAUUGAAAACUGUAUUAGGCUGUUUACGUGAUUCUCAUCGUACUCGUGUAGUAUUUAGAAAAGUGGGUGGGUUUGUGUAUGUAACCAGUGUAUUUGUGUCACUUGAUGGAAAAUUGUCAGAUGCUUCUGAUAUUGUUCUCAAUAGUGAAGUAAACGAUGAAAGGAAAAUUCAUAUUGAUAACUUACUUCAACUUUUACAUAUUGUUUUUCAAACAUUGGCCACAUCAAUGAGAUUUGAGCCAGCAAAUGCAAAGCAUUUUGCUCAAGAAAUUUGUUCAACAUCUCUUUGUGAUACCCUUCGUUUACUUGGAUGUUUCACAAACCGUACUAUAUUUAAUGACAGACAACAAAGUAUAGAGGCUGUUGAUAAUAUUGACAAUUACUAUCAAACAAUAUUUACUGGAAGUCUAACAAAGCCUGAAUUUUUAAAGAAAUACCCAUUAUCCUUAUCUUUUGCAACAUUGAUUUAUCGAUUUCUUUAUGAUCUUGUACUUGAUAAUUUUGAAAAACUAAAUUUAUCUGGUGUCAUGAAUAUUUCUCUAACAAAUCAAUCAAAAACAGACAGUAAUAAAAUCCAAAAAGCUGAUCCACGAAAUGCUGUAUCAUCAUUGAAUUUGACACAACCAAUGCCAGAACCAUUGAUUGUUCAUCCGGGAAUUGUGAUUUGUAUGUUGCAGCUCUUACCAUCUGUGGAACAUGAAACAGAGAUAUCACAAGGCCAAUGCUUGCAAGCAUAUUUAGCUGAAGUGAUAAAAAGUCUUGUCAGAAGUGAAAGAAAUCAACAAAUUAUGUGUGAGUCAGGAUUAGCUGGCCAUUUAUUAAGAAUUGGUAAAACAGUUUUAAGUGAAGAAAAAAAUGUUUUACAUGUUCCUCUCCAAUAUAUUCUCGAGAGAUUAGCAGCGCAAGCACUGAAGCCUACUGAAUUGAGAGAAUUUUUACGUCUGGCAUCUCCAUUGCAUUGCGAAAAUCUUGAAGUAGGAAAACCAUACAAAAUAGGAUCAUCAAUUCCUUUAACCAGAAUUAAAACACUGGUUUCAAUGACGACGCCUAGAGACUUUAGAGCACAUGGUUCUUGUACCGUACCACCAUUUGUUGAGUUUGAUAUGUCAGCGGAAGGUUUCGGAUGUUUGUAUCUUCCAAGCAUAUCACCACAAGCACCGGCUAUGGGUGGAAAUAGUAAUAUGGAAUCUGGAACAACAAUUGGAGGCAUUGGAACUGGAGAAAGAAUUUUUCCUCCUCAAACAGGUGUUACUUAUUCAACCUGGUUUUGCGUUGAUAAGUUUUCUGAUCCGCGAACAGACCCUCAUUGUGUUCGACUUUUAACAGUAACUAGAAUCGUCAAUAAUUUAAGAGAAGAUAAUGUUGUGUGUUUGUCGGUGCUGCUUUCAGCGCGAGAUAAAGCUAUAAUUGUUUCUACGCAAGAAACUUUAUUGCCUCCAAAUAUUGGUGAAUGGGAGCCUGAUGGAACUGGAGAUUGUAGUGCAAGAAUAUGGUGUCCUGAUGUACUUCACGAAGGUCAAUGGCAUCAUCUUGCUGUUGUUUUAAAUAGAGCAGUUUUGAAAAAUUCGACAUUUUCAUUAUUUCUUGAUGGACAGCAUAUGCAUACACAAAAACUUCACUAUAUUUCGCAAACACCAGGAGGAACAACUAAUAGUAGUAUAAACGCUACCAAUUCAGUCUAUGCUAUAAUUGGUACUCCACCAGCUUGGCGAAGAUAUUCAAGAUUGUGUUGGAAACAAGGAGUUUGUCAUCUUUUGGAAGAUGUUUUAACAUCACAAACGGUUUCGAUAAUUUUCCAGUUAGGACCUCAUUAUAUGGGAUCACUUCAAGCACCACAGAUAAAAAAACAAUUUGAUCCCCUGAGUCCUUUGCUGCCGGAAGAAAAAGUUACAUUUGGAUUGAAUGCGAAAGCAAUGAGUCAAUUAACUUUAGCAAGGAUAAGAAAAGUUUACAGUAGAAAUGACAAUAAAAUGAUUGCGAAACAGCUUGGAAUGAGUUCCAAUGAGAACGCAACGCCUAUACGUAUACUUCAUAAUUCAGCAGGACAUCUUGCUGGAUCUGCAAGAACCCUAGGUGGUGUAGUAGUAGGAUACUUAGGAGUAAGGGUUUUCAGUCCAAAUCCUGUAUCAUCAAUGAUGGGAACUGUUGGUGGAUGUAAUGUAUUAUUAGGAAUUAUCGCAAUGUCACAAGAUGUUGAAAGUCUUUAUGCAGGUGUCAAAGCCCUUACGUGUGUUGUAAAAAGUAAUAAAGCAGCACAAGCAGAAAUGGACAGAAAGCGAUGCUAUCAAACUUUAGCAAUGUUUUUCAAGAAGAAAAGAUACUUGUUAAAUUCACAUAUUUUACAUUUAACAUUCAGUCUGGUCGGUACUGUAAAUUCUGGUCAAGAGACAUCUGCUGCUAUUCCAAAUAUAACAGCAUUUCAAGAUCUCUUAUGUGACUUAGAAAUUUGGUUGAAUGCACCUAAUGGACUUUUAAGAUCGCUGCUUGAGCAUCUGUUGGAAUUAGUAUCGGAGUCUGCUGAAAAACGGGCAAAUAUUAAAAUUAUGAGGGAAUUGCAAUUAGUGUCAAAACUUUUGCAUAUAAUUGGUGAUAUUACAGAAAAUUCAACAAGAGAAAUUCUAUAUUCUCUAUUGUCAAUAUUGCUUGGUGGGCAACCACGUUUAGUUGAUUUGUUACACUUCGGUCAAUUUAUAACAGCGAAACUUUCGAAUGGUGCUGAAAAUGAAAAGAUCAUUGAUUUAAAACACUUAGUAUCAAAUAAAGAUUUUACAAUUAUUGAUGACUCGGAACUUGGAAUAACGAUUGGAAUAAGAAAUAUAAUUUUAAGGAAUAGAUGUUUAUCGCUUUUACAUUCACUGCUUUUUACAAUUCGCAAUACAGUAAAUGCUAUAAUUUGUGAUGAAAUUUCUAAAAUUCUUGGACUCGACUGGAUACUUCUAUUUAUGCAGCCACAUAUUCAUCCAUCAACAGUUGUUUGGAGCAUGAGAAUUCUUGUUGUUUUGUUAGCAAAUGAGACAUUAAUGACAAGAUUUCGAGAAGGAACAAUGAAUGGUGGAUACUUGAGAAAUACAGAAUUGAUUUCACAAAAUAAAAAUGCUGUUGUAUUGGCUUCUUCUCAAUUACCACCGAGUCCCGCAAGUCAGUCAAGUAAUCUCGUAGCACAACCUGGGAUUGUUUUACCAUCGCAAAUUGCUGGAGAAGUAAAAAUACAAGCUCUUACAAUAAAUGGCUUUCAAUAUCUAGAAUGGAUUUUACCAAACCACCUGGAAGUGCCCGAAUUAUACUUUCUGCUAACUGCAUUAAUAAUGGGACAACCGGUUAAACUUUUAGCUACGGAGCACACGAAACUUGAUCUCGAUAGAGUUUGGGCAUUCUUGUGGGGAGGACCCGUUUCAUCAAGUGCAAAUAGUCCAAAAGUUGUUCUCUGCCCUGAAGCAGUGUGUGUGCUUUUGACUAUUGUUCGAACUAUUGUACAUUCAAAUUAUGAGAUUGAAUGGCUCAAAAAUCAUCCUGUGACAAUAAUUCAAGUAAUUUUCUCAUUGUAUCAUAACUUGCCUGAUUUUAUGCCCGUUCUUAUGCUCGGAGAAGUCAUCUCUGCACUUGUUGCUAUUUUAUUUCCUUUGGAAACCGAUCAAGAUAGUGAGAGUAAUGCAUCAACUCCAGAAGGUGAUGUUACACAAAAUCCUAUUUUAUAUUCAACAAGUCGUGCUGAAAACUAUAAUCUCACAGAGCAUCCUGUUCGAAAAUUCGUCAUUGAUUUACUUCGCGUAAUCGUGAUUGAUUCAUUAAGCUUGACAGUUGUUGGAAAGACACCCGUAAUUGAUUUGGUGAUUGAUGCAUCUCCUGAAAAUUCUGAAUUAUCAAUGCAAAUAACAUUUCAAACUGAAAUCAUAACAUCCUUGAUGGAUCAUCUUUUAGCAGCUGAUAUGCUUGUUGGUGAGCAAGCUGCUCUCCCAAUUGUACCACUCUUACAAUCACAUAUUCAAAAUAUUGCUCCGAAUGUUUUUUAUCUUACCGCCCGUAUUGUUGAUAAACUAUGGCAAGGCUGUUUACAAAAAGAUGCACAUGAAAUAUUUGAGUUCAUUGUUAAAUUAAUAGGACAAGCAAAAAGACGUACUUCGAGUAUAUCACUAGAGCAACUUCACCAUUCUUUAAAUCGAACAAUUCUUUAUUUAUUAUCACGUCCGACGGACUCUGUAGCAGAGCAAAUGGCAGUUUUAGAUACCUUACACAAACUCACAACAAAUCGAUUAUUAAUUUUUGGAGCUGGAAACCAUGAGUUAGAAUUCAUUGGCUGUUUAACAUACUGCUUGCUACAACUAACCGCAAACAUGAAAAUAGAAUUAGAUACAAAUGCAAAAAAUACUACAUGGCAUGUAAAUCCUCGAAACGAAAUGGUCGAAUCACGUGACGAACUGUUAAAUCAUCAUCAAGGUAGAAACCUUAUAGUGGGUGCAGCUUUUCGAGUUUGGGAAGAGUUGUAUGUUUGUAAGAAGCCAGCAAUUGAAGAAGUAUUUAAAAUUACUUUGACAAGUCCAACUCAAAAUACAAAAGCUCCCGAUUUGACAACAACACGAGAACAAGUUAUUGAAUCUGCUACAAAGUUAUGGCAUACAUAUAUAGACAAUGAAAAAAAAGCUACCAGACAUGUUCCAUGGGAAUUACACAAUCAAAUUCAAUCAAAAAUACAAAAAGUAACUGGAGGCUUGACGCGACUUGCGAGCAGGACUAAAGUUAAAAAGGAAGAGGGAACAAAAGUAAAAACAUUAGUAAAAAAAGAAGCUGCUUUACAAUGGACAAAUCUUCAUAUCAGUUUAGUUAGGGAUUUAUGGGAAAUGCGAUGUGCUCAAUAUGUUCACAUGUCUCAACAUACUCAACGAUAUGUUUUACAAGAUUGGAUACAGUCUGAGGGAGAAUUAAUUCGAGAACGAGGUCUUUGGGGACCAACCAAAGGAUCGAUUCUUGAUAAAUGGAUGUUGGAUACUACAGAAGGUCCACAUCGUAUGAGAAAAAAGACAAUGCGAAAUGAUUUGUUCUAUCAGCAAUAUCCAUAUCGUGCUGAAUUAGAACUUCCUGAUAAUAAACAACUAAAAUAUAAAGUGGCAACAAGUUUUGAUGGUAAGAAGUAUUUCCAGAGCUAUCAAACAUCACAUCAUCAAACAAAAGUUCUUUGUGAGGCUGAAUUUUCCACUCAAGAAUCUCAAAAAAUUGAUAAAUCGGAAAAUACACCACCACAAACACCAACACAACAACAGCAAGCAUUAACGUUAAAUCGUGCUCAAAGUGAACCAGGAGAAGAGUUUGAUGAAGACGUUGAAGAAGAAAUUCCCAUGGUGCCUGAUAAUCAAACAUUAUUACGGAUGCUAGAAGAAAACGAAAAGAUUUCGCACAUGUUUCGUUGUGCUAGAAUUCAAGGAUUGGAUACAUCUGAAGGAUUGAUUUUAUUCGGAAAGGAACAUUGCUAUGUGGUCGAUGGUUUUACAUUGUUGAAAAAUCGUGAAAUACGUGAUAUUGAUUCAAUGCCUAACAGUACAUAUGAACCGAUUUUACCCAAUCCCUCAGGCAGUUCACGUCGGCAACAAUCUUUGCGUCAAUGCUCGAAGUUUGCUUAUGAAGAUAUUCGAGAAGUCCAUAAACGAAGAUAUUUAUUACAGCCUAUUGCACUUGAAAUAUUUUCCGGUGAUGGCCGCAAUUAUUUACUUAGUUUUCAACGAAAAGUUCGAAAUAAAGUUUAUCAACGUGUUAUGGCAUUGGCAACAUCAAUAGCCGAUAAUGCUCAAUCAUCUGUUGCUGGUCAACGAAGAACAGCAAGCGUAGAGCAAUCUUCUGGAAUAUUGAGUAGUCUUAUUGGAGAAACGUCUGUGACUCAACGUUGGGUGCGUGGUGAAAUAUCAAAUUUUCAGUAUUUAAUGCAUUUGAAUACAUUAGCAGGACGAUCCUAUAAUGACCUUAUGCAAUAUCCAGUAUUUCCAUGGAUUUUAGCUGACUACGAAUCAGAAGAUUUAGAUUUUUUAAACCCAAAAACAUUUCGGGACUUUUCAAAGCCAAUGGGCGCUCAGUCUUCUGAACGAUUAGAACAAUUUCAAAAGAGGUAUCGUGAAUGGGAUGAUCCACAAGGGGAAACUCCGCCAUACCAUUACGGUACUCAUUAUAGCUCAGCUAUGAUUGUAUGCUCAUAUCUAGUUCGUCUUGAGCCAUUUACUCAACACUUCUUACGUCUACAAGGAGGACAUUUUGAUCUUGCUGAUCGAAUGUUUCACAGUAUUAAAGAGGGCUGGCUUUCUGCUUCAAAACACAAUAUGGCUGAUGUCAAGGAAUUGAUUCCAGAGUUCUUUUAUCUUUCGGAAUUUCUUGUAAAUUCAAAUAAUUUUGAUCUUGGAACUAAGCAAAAUGGUGAAAUUCUUGGUGAUAUUCUUCUCCCUCCAUGGGCAAAACAAGAUCCAAGAGAAUUUAUCAGAAUUCAUCGACAGGCACUUGAAUGUGAUCAUGUUUCGCAGCAUCUACACUUGUGGAUUGAUCUAAUUUUUGGAUGUAAACAACAAGGUUCAGGAGCUGUGGAAGCUGUUAAUGUUUUUCAUCAUUUAUUUUACGAGGGAAAUGUUGAUAUUUAUAAUAUUGAUGAUCCGCUUAAAAAAAACGCCACUAUUGGUUUCAUUAACAAUUUUGGUCAAAUUCCUAAGCAGUUAUUCAAAAAGCCACAUCCUUCAAAAAAAAUGAAUCCUUUAAGACAUUCAAUGAUUGACCCAACACCAAUUCUAUCGACAGGUUCUGUUCCUAUCGAAAAGUUGUUUUUCCAUAAUUUGGAUAACUUGAAACCAAGCUUGCAACCAGUAAAAGAAUUAAAAGGUCCAGUUGGUCAAAUAAUGCAUCCUGAUAAAACAGUAUUGGCGGUUGAACAAAAUAAAGUAUUAAUGCCACCAACAUUCUCUCGUUAUAUUGCUUGGGGUUUUGCAGAUCAUUCUUUGCGGAUUGGUAUGUACGAUAGUGAUCGAGCAAUGUUUGUAUGUGAGACAACUUCUCAUUCGGGAGAAAUUCUUGCGUGCGCUUCUCCUAAUGCAAGGACAAUAAUAACAGCUGGGACAAGUUCCGUUGUUACCGUAUGGGAGCUUGAUUCUCGACAUAAAUCUCUCAAUGUAAAACACUAUUUACAUGGGCAUACUGAUGCUGUAACUUGCUUAGCUGCAAGUCCUGCAUACAAUAUUAUUGUUUCUGGCUCACGAGAUGGAACUGCUAUUGUUUGGGAUAUGAGUCGUUUUAUAUUUGUAAGACAAUUAAGAGAUCAUGUUGGUAUUGUUGCUGCAGUUGCUAUAAAUGAUUUAACCGGUGAAAUUGCAACUUGUAGUGCAACAUGGUUACAUCUUUGGUCAAUUAAUGGAGAUUGCUUGGCAACUGUAAAUACAAGCAUUGGCUCUGCUGAUCGUAUGCAGCAAAUUCUGUGUGUUGCAUUCUCUAUGACUCGAGAAUGGGAUUCUCAAAAUGUUAUUAUUACGGGAUCGACCGACGGCGUUGUUAGAAUGUGGUCAAUUGAUUAUGUUCAAAUACCGAACGACAAACCAGAAGUGGGUGAAGAAGCAAAAGAAGAAGAAGAAGUUGUAGUUGAACAAAAUAAAGAGGAAAUACAGGCUAAGAAAAAAGCUGAGUUGGUAAAACAAAUGAGUUUGUCAACAGAUGGUGCAGGACUUGCAAAAUCUGGUUCUGAAUCAAGCUUGUCAGAGGCUUGCGAUAGCAUUAAAGAAUCUAAAAAGCAAUACGAAGUUGAGAAGGAUGAGUGCAGUGAUCCUGAAAAUCAAUCGAGAGAAAGUAAUUUAUUGUCAGUGGAAAGUAAAAUGAAUACCGCAAAAUCAAUGACACAGUUAAAAGAUAUAAGCUGCAAUAUUAAGCUCCGAAAUGAUGGAAUAAGAAGACAUGAAGCAAAAUUAAGAAGUGUUUCGCAUAUUGAGCAGUCUGUGGAUGAUCCAGAUGACUUUGAAGAAAUUCCCAGUUCUUCCGAAAAAGGUAUCCGACCAAGUAAGUCAGACACUAGUUUAACAGAAUCAUUUGUUAUGAUUGAUAACGAUGGUGGUGGAGGUGGAAGACGUUUCUCUAACAAACAAAAUAUAUUAAGAGCUGGUUUCAAAUGGCAAAAGCAACUUGUAUUUAGAUCUAAAUUAACAAUGCAUACAGCAUAUGACAGAAAGGAUAAUUCUGAACCUGCAAGUAUCACUGCUCUAGCAGUAUCUAAAGAUCAUCGAACAUUAUAUGUCGGUGAUGCACGUGGAAGAGUUUUUUCAUGGAGUGUUGCGGAACAACCAGGGAGAGGAAUGGCAGAUCACUGGUUAAAAGAUGAUAGUGCAGAACUAUGUGUAGGGUGUCAUAUAAAGUUUUCAAUUUAUGAACGAAAGCACCACUGCAGAAACUGCGGACUUGUUUUUUGUAACAGAUGCAGUCGUUUUGAAUCUGAAAUUUCUCGUCUUCGAAUUCUCAAACCAGUUCGAGUUUGUCAGUCCUGCUACAUGCAAUUAAGACAGUCAUCAAUCGAACACUGAAAAAGUUCUGAUAUUUCUCAGGCGUAGCAUUUCUUCAAAACUUUAAACUUAUAAUCAUUUGAUUGACAUUUUUGAAUAUAAAAUACAUAGUCGUUUCUUUUUUUUGGAAUAUUUUUUUUUUGCAUUUAAUUGCUCAUGGAUUAAUUUGAUGAAUUUGAUAGAACAAUUUAUUAUUAUAUCGAUUAUAUCUAUAAUAUCAAAAUUUAUGAAGGUAUCUUUAAUAGCAUUCCAUCACACAUCGUAGAAAAAUUAAGAAUCCAUUCUAGUUGAAAAAAAUUAUUAAAUGGAAACCUGUAGAUGGAAAAGAUAAAAAAAUAUUUAAACAUGUUAAAAACCGUAGAAAAAUAAAGCAACCGUCAUUAACCAUGAUAAAAUUCAUGUAGAGAUAGUCAAGUCCUUCUCCUUUAAUAAUACGAUGUCAUAAUCCAUACAAAAGUAAUAGUUAAAAUCAUUACUGCGAAAACAAGAUCAUUACAAAGAGAUGAAUGCAUGUAAACACAAUAUACUGUUCGUUAAAUUGAAGUAAAUUUAAAGACAUGAAAGGAAACGAAAAAAAUGUAUUACGCUAAAACA